AUGGAGCCAUCCGCCCUCGUGCGCACCACUGCUAUCCUGGGAUUCUCGUCCUCGAUCUACCUCUCAGGCAUCUAUUUCUCGUCGUCCCAGCUCACGCUACCAAUCCUGUACCGCCUCCCCAGUGCGACGAGCACGUCUGUGUUCGACGAGUUCUACCAUCGUGGCGCUGUCACUGUGGUCCCACUGGCGCUGGCAUCGACGCUGUGCUCUGGGCUGGCGGCGUACCUGCAGCCUGUCGGCCGUGCCACCUUUGCUUGUGCCGGCGCAUUGACUAUUGCAACACUGGGAUGGACAAGGCUUGCGAUGAUGGGGACGAUUGACGCGUUGAUCGCGGCUGCAAACGACGAGCGGGUCAGGGAGGAGAUGGAGGCAGGCGAGGUUGUCGAGAAGCUCAAGACUUGGAGGUGGAUGAACAUGGUCAGGGCUGGACUGAGUCUUGCGGGGGGCAUGGCCGGGCUCAUUGGCGUCUGUAACUAUUGCUAG